UUGGCCCGUCGUUUGACCUACAGUUAGAAGUGCAAGAGCUGGAGGUCAAGAGAGAGAACUGAAGAACUGCUGGUCAACAUGAGUACCUCAGUUGGUGCAUGGCGGUUCAGUCCUCUAGUCACAGAAUUUCCCGCAAAUGUUCUACCCAACAUUGGAUUCUGGAACGUCAGCAAUGGCACCUGGGAGUACCAAAUCCAGCUCGCAUGGCCACUGAACUGGACCACUCCGCUUGAAAACUCUACGGUAGAGACGAUGUACGUCCUCGACGGGAACGCCCAAGGCCUCUCAGCAACCGAAGCCAUCCGCCGUCGGCGCCCCGUCGAAUUCAACCAACCUGACACCAUCAUCGUGUCCAUCGGCUACCCGGACACCAUCGAAGACUCGCCCUACAGCACAUCCCGCUACAGCGAUAUGCAACCGCCGGUAUGCGUGAACUGCACAGCACCCGCGAUACCCGGCGUACCAUCCAACGCCGACGGUCUGAUUUCUUUCAUCGACACCGCUCUCCGGCCUUGGGUGCAGAAGGAGGUUUUCAAAGCGGCGACGUUUGAUCGAGAUGCGCUUUAUGGCCAUUCAUUCGCAGGCCUGUUCGUUCUCUACGCUCUCACCACGCGGCCAGAUCUGUUCGACACGUUUCUCUCCGCCUCACCCGCCCUAUACUGGAAUGACGACUACGUGUUCAACCACACCGACUUCCUUGCGCCUCUUAAAGCCAACGAUACCUCCACCUCCCCUCACAUCAGCAACAGUACCAAACCGGCAUUCCAGAUCAGCUACGGCGGCCUCGAGCAGUUCCCGAAGCAGAGGAGGAAGGAAACCGAUGAGGAGUUCGAGUUCAGGAAGAGUAUCCUGGUGCCGCAGAGGAUGACGGAUUUGAGUAAUAGGUUGUAUGAGGAGUUGGUGGGGUCCCCAGCGCUGAGGGACGUGGGGAUUAAUGUGUUUCCGAAUAGUUAUCAUGCGACUGUUGGAGGUGCGGCAUUCGCAGAUGGGAUUGAUUAUUUUUUGGAUUGGUAG